AUGGCCCUUGGGGACAGGUUUGGGGGUCCUUGGUUGAUUUUAGGAGACACCAAUUUUGUUUUUAGCAACUCUGAAAGAGAAGGUUCCUCCGGAAGGGACCUGUUUAUCCCCUUCAUUUCCAACCUGGUAGAUGCGAGAGGAUUGAUUAACCUGCACGUCCAGGGUGAUAAGAUGACGUGGGACAACCAUAGGUCUGGGGGUCAUCAUGUGAAAUCGGCUCUUGAUAAAGGGAUUGUGAAUGAAGCGUGGCUCCAUCUGUUUCCGAAAGCUAUUAUCUGUUCUUCCCAUACUAGUAAAUCGGAUCAUCGACCUCUUUUUCUGAAUACUAGUGGUAAUCCUCCAAGCUCUAAGAGAAGUUUCAAGUUUGAAGAGGGUUGGACAAGGGACGAUAGGAGUAAAUUGAUAGUUGCCAAUGCUUGGGAUUCAGUGAACCACUUUUGGGCUCCUGCCCGAAUUUUCAAAAAAUUGGGAGCUACUAGGGUUGCUCUUUUGAAGUGGAACAGAGCGCAGUAUGGAAGAAUUGAUUGGGUUAUUAAAGACCUGGAGCAGAAACUGGAUAGUCUCUAA